CUAUCAUCAUCUUUGCUCUUCCGCAAUUCUUAUAUCCAUCGUACAUUACUUUUCGUUUUCUUCUCCUUCUACUCAUUUACUCUCUAGAUUGGCAAUUGCCCAUAGAUACCCUCCCAAUUGCAUCGCCCUCGAGCUAAUCAGUCCACCGCCAUGUCGCCCAACAACACCCCUCUGUCCCCCGCUACCUACGCCGUCCACGCCGACGACCGCAUAAAUACCGUCACCGACGUUGCUCCCCCAAUCCACCCAUCCACCACCUUCCGCUACCCACGUAACCCUGAACAGCUUCAACCCGUACCCAAGGGCUCUGAAGAACAUGUCAACCUCACCACACCUCUCAUCUACUCUCGUCUCGCCUCCUCUAGCACCAACCGUCUCGAAACCAUCCUCGCACCGCUCCUAUACCCAGACUCUCCACCAUCCUCCUACGAAUCUCUUGGGAACCAUGUUGUCACGUACACAUCAGGCCUCUCUGCCUUUCAUGCCCUCCUCGUCAACGUCGUCCCCAAGGUGAUCGCCAUAUCCGGUGGAUACCACGGCUGUCACGGCGUGAUAUCCCUCCACACCAAGAUGCACAACCUCCGGACCGUAGACCUCCACGCCGACGAAUCCGCCUGGGACGCCGCGGGCCUUGGGAAGGGCGACAUCGUGCAUCUCGAGACCCCAUUGAAUCCCACGGGAGAGGCUUACUCCAUCGCCCACUUCGCCGCUCGCGCCCACGCACGCGGAGCCCUCCUCUCCGUCGACGCUACCUUCGGUCCCCCGGGACUCCAGAACCCCUUCGCGCUCGGCGCAGACAUCGUCAUGCACUCCGGCACGAAAUAUAUCGGCGGCCACUCGGACAUGCUCUGCGGUGUGCUCGCGACGGCCCCGACGCCGGAGGGAUACAAGCGCGCCCUCACCCUCCGCGACGAGCGCAUCUUCCUCGGCAGCGUGUUGGGUAGUCUCGAAGGCUGGCUCGGCGUCCGCAGUCUGCGUACGCUCGCCCUACGCGUCCAGCGACAGAGCGAAAGCGCGACGAACAUCGUCUCCUGGAUCCACUCCGCGCUCAAUUCGACCUCCACAUCGCCGGAAUCCGCACUCGUACGGAAGGUGAUAUCGCGUGUCACGCACGCCUCCCUCCAGGCCUCCACGCCCGAUGCGAAGUGGCUGCAGGAGCAGAUGCCGAACGGGUACGGUCCAGUCUUUUCAAUCUACACGCACACGCCCGCGCAGGCACGCAGCCUGCCGAGCCACCUCGCGCUGUUCCACCACGCGACGAGUCUGGGAGGCGUGGAGAGCUUGAUUGAGUGGCGGCGCAUGAGCGACGGCGGCGUCGACGAGCGGUUGUUGAGAGUCAGCAUAGGCGUGGAGGACUGGAGGGAUCUGAAGGCGGACUUACUGGCGGCUUUCGAGGUCCUGGCGGAUGGUGGUGCUAAGGGGAGCGAGGAGGCGACGAAGGAGGUAGUCGUGCAGACGGGCGGGCGGCCAGCAGAGGUGGCUGGCGCGGCGGAUGGUAGUAUCUAAGUUCUGAUUCAUAUAAAGGGUUCUAAACUAGAUAGAUAAAUACAUAUCACGAUCUUAUCGGACUUCAUCCAUCGUAAUUGAGCUAGAUGUGCAGUCCGACAGACGGCCUAUACCCACACU